AUUUCUGUCUGUGUGUCGUACAAUUGUGCGACAGUUCGACGAUAAUUUUAUUUCAUGAUUUGCAUUUUCUAAGUCUUGAAUAAGAAUUGACAAAGAAAUCUUAUAAACGUAUACACAUUUGAAAUGCCCAGACGUGAGGAUUCUGACAAGAGGAAGAGGAAAAAGUCUGAGAGCAGUUCAAGUAGUUCCUCAAAUUCCUCAGAUUCAGAGAGUGACUCGAGCUCCUCAUCCAGUAGUAGCUCCUCAGAGGAAAGAGAGGACAAAGAUCAACAAAAAAGAUCCAGGUCAGGAGAGGAAAAAAGAAGGCAUUCCUCUCACUCUGAUGAUAACAGAACAGAAUCAUCAUCUCGUAAACAAAGAGGCAGGCUUAUUGAAAAUUCAAAUUCUGAUGAAGCAGUGAAAAGAAGUAGAAGUCCAGAGUAUGAGAGAUCUAGAUCACAUUCCAGUUCUAGAUUGUCCAGGCGAUCCAAGUCUCCUUCUGUAAGAGGAAGACCAUCUCCUGCAGGAUCAAGGUCAAGCUCUAGAAGUGGCCAGAGAGUAUCAUCGCGGCAUUCUUCAUCUCAACGUUCUAUUUCUUCAUCUUCAUCUAGACGUGAAAAGGAUCGUGUGCAAUCCUUGAGCCAAGUUUCAGAUGAUUUAAGAAGAUCAUCCCCUAGGAGUUCACAGAUUGACAGAAAAGAUACUAAAAAGCAGUCCAGGUCUCCCUCCACUAGCCCUCCACCUCAAAAACAUGACAGGGAGGAAAAUCAGAAAAAGACUCCAUCAUCAAGCCCUCAAAGAGAAGGUGAAGUUAGACAGGGAAGAUCUCCAGAUUCUAGUCCUCCUCAGAGGAGUGAGAAGAUUAGACCUAUAGAUGCAUCACCAGAUGUUCUUCCAUCUGAUAAAAAAUCUCAUAGACAUUCUUCUGACUCUUCCUCUCCAAGUCACACUCCUCCACGGGACGACAGAUACGACAUGUCGAAAUACGAAGAAGAAAGUGGGGCGUCAGAGGAUGAGGAUGAGAAAAGGGGUCGUAAAAAGAAACAUGACAUGAGGAACUUUGAAAGUGAGCCUGAAAGUGGAGAAUGCACAGAUUCUGAUGAUGAAAGAAGACUAAAAAGUUCAGUUAAGAGGAAAAUGGAAGAGGAAGAUGGAUAUGGUAGGAGACGUGAAGGUCGACGUGGAUAUUCCCCAGACCGCAGGCAAAACAAUAGAGACGGCAGAAGUCGUAGAUACAGUCCUGGUGGAAAUAGAAGAAAUGAUCGAUUCCGAGAUGAUAGACCGAGGGAUCGCAGGCGAUCACGUGACAGGGGGAGAAAUGAUAGAGAUCGUAAUUCAUUGGAAAGAAGAAAAGAGGAUGACCAUCGUAGGUCCCCAACUCAGGAUGGAAGUAAACAGAAAGAUGGCGAUAAAGACAAAGCCACUGAAGAAAAUCAGAAAGAAGGAGACAAAGUCGAGAAUGCAGCAAAGAAGUCGAAAGAAGCUGAUGUGUUGUCACUGACCACGAGGACAGGUGGGGCGUAUAUUCCCCCUGCUCGACUGAGAGCCAUGCAGGCUAGCAUUACUGAUAAGUCAAGUGAACCUUUUCAGAGGAUUGCAUGGGAAGCUUUGAAGAAAAGUAUCAAUGGUUUGAUCAACAAAGUCAACGUCUCAAACCUCCAUUUUGUUGUCCAGGAAUUGUUCCAGGAGAACAUUGUCAGAGGAAGAGGUUUGGUGGCACGUUCAGUAAUUCAGGCUCAGUCGGCUUCUCCCACAUUUACACAUGUGUACGCUGCCCUGGUGUCAGUUAUCAACACCAAGUUUCCACAAAUAGGGGAGUUGAUCCUACGACGUCUUGUGAUUCAGUUUCGUCGUGGAUUCAAGAGAAAUGAUAAGAAUCUUUGCCUCUCCUCCACCCGAUUCAUCGCUCAUCUGGUUAACCAGCAAGUGGCCCAUGAGGUGUUGGCAUUAGAAAUUUUGACACUUUUAUUGGAGACCCCAUCUGACGACUCCGUAGAGGUCGCUGUUGGGUUCCUGAAGGAGUGUGGACAAAAACUGACUGAAGUUACCCCACGGGGAAUCACAGCUAUCUUUGAGAGACUGAGAAAUGUCUUACAUGAGGGACAGAUAGAUGUGAGGGUACAGUACAUGAUAGAAGUAAUGUUUGCGAUCCGUAAGGACGGCUUUAAGGACCAUCAGUCUGUUAUAGAGGAACUAGAUCUCAUCGCAGAAGAGGACCAGUUUACUCACCUCCUUACACUAGAAGAUGAAGGAACGGCAGAAGAAAUCCUAAAUGUAUUCAAGUUUGAUCCUGAGUAUGAAGCAAAUGAAGAAAAAUACAAAGAACUGAAAAGAGAGAUCCUGGAUGAGGGCAGCUCUGAUGAAGAGUCUGGGAGUGGAUCCGGGUCUGAAAGUGACAGCGACGAUGAAGAGGGGGAAGGUGAAGAAGGAGAGAAACAGACAAUUAUUGACCAAACAGAAACCAAUUUGAUUGCCCUGAGGAGAACAAUCUAUUUAACUAUCCAGAGUGCCUUAGACUUUGAGGAAUGUGCUCACAAACUUCUAAGAAUGGAACUCAAACCUGGACAAGAGGUUGAGUUAUGUAACAUGAUUCUUGAUUGCUGUGCACAGCAACGAACAUAUGAGAAGUUUUUUGGAUUGCUAGCUCAGCGAUUCUGUAUGAUUGACAAGAAAUACAUUGAGCCAUUCCAGAACAUGUUCAAGGAACAGUACGACACAAUCCACAGACUGGAAACAAACAAGCUCAGGAAUGUGGCCAAGUUCUUCGCUCAUUUACUACACACUGAUGCAAUCUCAUGGGAGGUGCUGGAGGUCAUUAGACUGAAUGAGGAUGACACAACUUCUGCCAGUAGGAUCUUUAUCAAAGUAUUAUUCCAGGAAUUGUCGGAGUAUCUAGGCCUACCCAAACUCAACGAUAGACUCAAAGAUCCAACCCUCCAGCCAUAUUUUGAGGGGUUACUACCCAGGGAUAACCCUAAGAAUACCAGAUUUUCCAUUAACUUUUUUACUACAAUUGGUCUUGGUGGACUGACCGAUGAUCUCAGAGAGCACUUGAAAAAUGUGAAGAAACAGGUAGCUCAACAGCAAGAGGAGGAAUCGGACAGCUCGUCCUCAUCCUCAUCUUCUGACUCAUCAUCCUCAUCUGACAGCAGUAGUUCCUCAUCAGAUAGCUCCUCGGACAGCUCCUCAGAAGAUGAAGCACCUCGAAAGAAAAGAAAAGGGAAACCAACAGACACAAGGGACAGGAGGAGUAAAGAAAAGUCAAGGAAAGGUUAUACCAAUGGGGACAUAAGACAAAGGGAAAAAAGACAAGAGAGGGAAGACAGUCCAGAAAAUAUUAGGCAAAGCAGAAGGGAAAAAGGGGAAAUCGUGUACAAUAGAAGGUCUAAGCAGAGAGGCAGGGAUGAAAGCCCACAAAGUACCAGUUCAAACAGAAGAGAUAGGGAGAAAAGCCCAGGAAAUUUCCAAUCUAAAAGAAAAGAUAAAGAGAGAAGUUCGGAAAUUGUUGGAUCAAAAAGGAGGGGUAGAGAGGAAAGUCCAGAUAUUUCUAGAAGGAGGGACCGACAAGAGAGUCCAGAGAAUAUUCGAUCCAAGUGGGAAGAUUCAAGAUCAGAUAGAUACAGUGGAAGAUACUCUAAUGAUGUAGAUGGAGAUUGGAGAGACAGAGGUGAAAGGAAUGACAGAAGGAGAAAUAGGGAGGAAAGUGAUGAUGACAGACAAAGUUCAAGAUACAGUGAUAGGAGACAAAGUAGAAGAAAAGAGGAACAUGCAGAGGAAAAUUAUGACAGACCCACCAGAGGGAGAAAAGAGGAAAGAGAUGCAGAGCGAAGAAAUGGAAGACGGGCUGAAGAUUCUGAUGAGGAUUACAGAUUUAGAAAUCGAGGAAGGGAGGAGACCAGGGAUUCUAGGAGAGGAAGGGAUCAUCAGGAGAAUGGGUUCCGAGAAAGAAGUGUAGAUGAUGAGAGAACUAUGACAAGGAAUAGAAGUCAGGAAAGGAAUAGAGAUAAACAAAGGAGAGAAGGAUCCAGAGAGGAAAUGAGUCAAAGAAACAGAGAAUAUGAAAGGAGUAGGAGGCGUGAAGAGGAAAACCAAAGAAGGAGGCAUGAAGAUAGUACAGAAAGAAGAAAACAUGGAUUCGAGGAAGAUGACAGGGGAGAGAAAAGGCGGCGAAGAGAAUAUGUGUCUAGAGAGGGCAGGGGAAGGGAGGUCGACAGAGUCAAGGAACAGAGGAGGAGGCAAGAGGAUUCGGAGAAAAGUGGAAGUAACAGGGGGAGAGAUGAUGAACAAGAGAGAAAGAACAGGUACAGUGAGGAAAGGGAGAGGAGCAGAAGGAAUAAAGGAAGCAGUAGGAGGAGUGUAGAUUCCUCCAGUGAGGACAGCGAUUCCUCCAGUGAUUCUGACUCCAGCAGUUCUGAUGAUUCCUCUAGUGACAGUUCCUCAUCAUCCUCAUCCUCUCCCCCGAGGAAGAGGAAGCACUCAGACUCUGAUAGUGACAGUGUAAAACAGUCUCUAAAAAAGAGACGGGAUUCAAAUGAGUAUGAAAAAUAUGAAAGUAAUAGGUACAGCUCUCAAAGAGAAAGCAGUGUUCGCAGCAGGGAAAGAUCCAACAGGAGAUGAUAGUUUGAUAUGCAAAAUUAAGUUUAUAAAAGUGCUUUGAUUUUAUGAUGUAAUUCAUUUGAUGCAUGUACAUGAAAAAUCAUGAUAUUCUGUUAAUUCAUAUCUAUGACCUAACCCUAUGGGUUUUCUUUUUCUAGAGAAAAAAAAAAUUGGUUGGAUUAAAAAGAAUGAAAUGUU